AUGUCCAAAGCCACCACAACAGCAGCAGCUCAGCUGGUCAGGUCAGUCUUCAGGACCGCUGCCACACUUCUCCUCCCGGCAAGAGAGCUGAUCAAGCCCGCGCUGUUGAAUCCGACUAUCCGGACAGACUGGUCGUCCCCGCCGGUAAAGCCACUGCAGCACCUCCCGUCGGACCUGCCCUCGGUGCAAGGGGUGUCAAGUCCAUCGACUUUGUCAAAGAGUUCAAUGGUACGUGUGUGUGAAUUCAACUGUCACCUCAUUUCGUCGCUCACGUGCUCGUGCUCGCCUCGCAGCCCGGACCUCGAGCCUCACGCCGGGGACACCAACACCGGUGAAAAUCACCAUCCAACCCGACCGAACCUUCACCUUCACGAUCCAGUCCCCACCGACCUCGUACCUCAUCCGUCAAGCCGCAGGGAUCGAGAUCGGCUCGGGCACCCCCAACAAGGCCGCCGGUGGAACGAUCGCGGGUACGAUUUCGCUCAAAGCCGUGUACGAGAUUGCGAAGCUCAAGCAGGCCGAUCAAGGAUUGAAGGGCGCCGAGCUGGAGAGCAUCGCCAGGAGCAUCGUCGGCAGCUGCAAGAGCGCCGGAGUGCAGGUCGUGCCAUGA